UUGAUCAAUGUAGAGCUAUUAACAUAUUUGUUAAUCUAUUGUGAACCAACCCACUAGGAUGGUUGGGGUGGGAGAUUACAAGGCGCGGAUAUCUUUGGCUCCCUGAGGGCAGCAUAAUAAGACUCUUCUCAGUGUCGGGGAUUCUCGUGGUGCGCUUACCUUUUUGCACUUUACGCGCGCAAUGGGUCGGUUUUCACGAGAUACCUGGAAGCCUACGGUCAAUGUGGUGACCUGGUUCCUUAUGACCACGGCCAUUCUCUGUGUGCUCACUCGGCUGGGCACUAAAUACUGGAUCUUCCGACGCUGGACGACCGAUGAUUACCUGAGUAUCGUCUCAAUGGUGCUAUGUGCGGCGCAAUCUCUAGCUAUGUCCAUGGCCACUGCCAAUGGAUACGGUGAGCACUACGACAGGUUGUCCCGGGAGAGUAUGGAUGGCAUUAUGAAGUCACAAUAUGCAGCGACUAUCCUCUUCAUUACGACGAUGUGCGUCUCAAAAUUAGCUCUUGUCCACUUCAUCUGGAGCAUCACACCCGCUACGUCCGACCGUCGUGUUGCCAUUAUAUUAGAAAUCUUUACGGUCCUUUGGGGAGUAACUGGAGUUUUCGGUCAUGCCUUCCAAUGCAAGCCGCCCAGAUCGUGGGAUUAUAUCGACGGGAAUUGCUUUGAUAUUGGCGCUUGGGGGAACUAUCUGGCCAUUACGAAUAUGUUGACCGAGGCGGGGAUUAUCGUCCAGGCGCUUCUGAUAAUCGUUGGAAUACAAACACGGUGGGCCAAGAAGGUAACACUAUCGAGUAUCUUUGGGCUUCGAAUAUUUGUGAUCGCCACGAUCGUCGGUCAACUAGUAUACAACAACCGAACGAUUGAUGUCAAAGAUCGCACGUUCGACACCUGGCCAGCGACCAUGUUCACGCAGAUUGUUCAAUGUUUGAGCGUCGUUACAGCUUGUUCUCCCCAGUUCAAACCCUUUAUGGAUAGUCUGCGCUCGACUGGUAUGCGCAUCGAUGGAAUGACUAGUUACAACAUGGCGUCGAUGAAGAGAUACGAGAUAUCGACAAUGCGCCACAAGUCCACAUUUAAUGGCAGUGAAGUGCAUGAGCUUGCCCCCAUCAACCUGGGUAAGGAGACACAUGAGACCACGGUCACUGCAUCGGGAGCUAUAUCCGACGGCGACACAGAAAGUCAGUCGAGUCAAACCCACAUCAUUCGAGAAAUUCGAACAUUCACUGUGACGGAAACGAAUGCAGCUAGAUAGCUAUUCUUCUUCUUCUGUUUUUUUCCUUCUUGACCGUUAUGGAUAGCUGAGAUUUCCAACAUCCCCCUCUUCUACAACUGGAGAGAGCCCUUUCGAAAAGCAGUUGACACCCUCCUACAUCUCCUACAUUCUGGUCCCCCUGCCGCGGGUUCUCGUCCGGGCCAGUAGACUACCGGUAGAAUAAUUCCUGAAAUUAUUUAUGUGCUCCGACGGCAUAUGUGGGUCUUGUUCUCUGGGUAUUCCUCGUUUGUCCACCAAUGGAUCCCAUGGACGCGUUCUGGACGUCGAGGGGGUAUGGCCACUAGAAAUUUAGUGUUCUGUCGGUCAAUCUUCCGGCCACCGAAAAUAAAUUAACCAUCGGGAUUUUCCUCUCAGGCUAUACUAUAUAUGAGCACCGUCCACUUGGCAUUCCACCUAGGAGAGACAGAUGGAAGAUCUUGGCCUUGUCUGGUGCGGCAUUCCGACGGUACUUGGUUGAUACCCUAAAUUUAGGAUUUAUAGACACGGCGAUGAUUUUAAGAAAUGAUCCCGAAGGGCAUUAGCAAGGGGGAAGGGGG